GAAACCGAUUCUCUUUUUUUGGUGUGGGGCUAUGCCUUUAGGUGAGGUUAUCAUUACACAAUCUCUUCGUUUUGUUGUUGGGGCUGGAGCUCCUGAAGGAGAAGCCCGAUUCUGGGAUGAGAAGGAGACCAGAUCAAAGGGGGGUGGGGAGGGAGGAGGAAUUGCACCUGCAAAGGGAGGUGUAGCAGGUGACAGGUGGGGAAGCCCAGGCAGGGCUGCGGCGUUCCUGAGACUCUCCUGCUGACUGACGUGGGUCUUGCACGAUGGAAUGCUUCCUAGUGGUCGACAAUGCCUUGCACCUAGAAAGCUAGUAGCUCAGGGUUCUAGCCUCCACCUCCUCCCUGAUCUAUUAUUUGCUUUGCAUAAGACCCCGGGCUCAUUCUCCAUCCCGGUUGUCCACUGAAGGGUAAGAUGUGAAGGGGAUAAGCUCAGAGCGAUUUGCAGCAAAAAGGGGGCUUUGCAUGCAAAAGUUCCUGGAUUCAGUCUCCUGCUACGUUUGUAAUCUUGCUGUACACAGCAGUGAUUAUUUUAUGAGAGGGCAGUAUAUCAAUGCAGAUAUCUAUCUGUCUAUCUAUCUAUCUAUCUAUCUAUCAUCUACCUACCUACCUACCUACCUGUGUCUGUCUGUCUGUCCAUGUCUUUGGCACCCCCAGGUAGGGUUGGGAAUGUCCCCUGCCUGAAAUGACUUUGCCCAUUAUUGUACACAGUACUUGGCUGGGCGGGUCUGACAGUAGGGAGCCUCUUCCAAUAUUCCUGCAUGCAUUGGACUGCCAUAUGUCUUGAAUUUCUCAGGCAUAGCUGGUAUUCUGCCCUCCGGGCGUAAAAUUGCUGAAUUGUCCAAGAAAAUGGAAAAAGCUCAACAACUUUUGUGCCCGGAUUUUCACUUUUUGAAAUAUGGCAGCCCUGCGCAUGCAGAUAUUCCCGUCGCCACCAUAUGGUGUUGGGGGCACGUUCAGUGACCCGAGUUUCCAUCUUCAGGUUAUAAACCAGAAUAGCAGUAGCAAUAGCAUUUCUUCUUUUUUUGUAGAGGUUGCGGAUGUGAGAUGUGUGUUUGCUUUGUUAUUGAGGUGUGUGGAUUUCUAAGCUAUGAGCCUCUGUGUGUGAUGCAGGGACUCCCCAUCCUCUCAUGGCGGGUGGGGGGCAUUUGGUUAUGUUACCCUCACCCCGCAGGUCUCAUUCUCAAUGAGAGGAUAAAUCCGUGGCCACAGUGUGGCGUUUGUGUUAGAGUGCUAGGCCAGGAGCUGGGACAUGGGUUCAAAUCCCCGAUCGGCCAUGAAGCUCACUAUGUGACUUUGAGGGCCAGUCGCCUGCUUCUUGGCCUAACCAACCUUAUAUGUAAAAGGUAAAGGUAAAGGGACCCCUGACCAUUAGGUCCAGUCGUGGCCGACUCUGGGGUUGCGGCGCUCGUCUUGCUUUAUUGGCCGAGGGAGCCUGUGUACAGCUUCCGGGUCAUGUGGCCAGCAUGACUAAGCCGCUUCUGGCGAACCAGAGCAGCGCACGGAAACGCCGUUUACCUUCCCGUCGGAGCGGUACCUAUUUAUCUACUUGCACUUUUGAUGUGCUUUCGAACUGCUAGGUUGGCAGGAUCAGGGACCGAGCAACGGGAGCUCACCCCGUCUCGGGGAUUCGAACCGCCGACCUUCUGAUCGGCAAGUCCUAGGUUCUGUGGUUUAACCCACAGUGCUACCCGCUUCCCUAACCUUAUAUGAGGAAGAAGCAAAACAUCUGUGCCACCUUGAUCUCUUUGGAGGAAAAAGAUGGGAUAUAAAUGAAAUAAAUAAAUAAAUAAGAAAGAAAAUAAGCUGGCGUAAAAUGUUUGCUGAUGAUCUUGAAACAAAUAUUUAUUUGUGUUCCUUUCUUCCUCUCCCCCACCCUCUGAAGAAGAAAUCCCCUUUCCUGGGCAUCUACGGAAAUAUUCGGAGACUGUCAGUGUCCUGCGGAGGAAUUGCCACCAGCCUGCAGAUGGAAGACCCGCUAGGCCUCAGACUGGUGGAAGGGUCAGAUGGAUCUGGGGAAAAUGCUCAUGUUACCCAGGAAUACCCAAGAAGGACGCCACAUUUGCAGCAAAAGGUGAAACAGGAGCCAAAGGAAGGGAUCCUUCAGUGCUGGGAAGCCCAGUGGCAGCAGUUCCUGAAGGAAGUGGAGUCUCCUCACUCGGCGUGGGGGGUCCAUCAGUGGCCAGAGGAUCCCACCCCCUGGCACGACGCCAAGGCCUUCUUCGCCUCCUUUGAGCAAGUGGCCAAAGCCUGCCAGUGGCCCAAAGAGGAGUGGGUGGCUCGACUCCUGCCGGCCCUCAGCGGACAGGCCAAAUGGGCUUUUGGCAACUUGGAGGCCAGAGACAGAGAGGAUUAUGGGAAAGUGAAGGCGGCCAUCUUGCGCGGGGACGCCAUCAGCAGGGAGAAGCAGCGCCAGCACUUCCGGCGCUUCUGCUACCAGGAGGCUGAUGGUCCGAGAGGGGCCUACAGCCAUCUCCAGGAGCUCUGCCACCGCUGGCUGAAAGUGGAGAGGCACACCAAGGAGCAGAUCCUGGAGCUGCUAAUCCUGGAGCAGUUCCUGACCAUCCUACCAUCGGAGAUCCAGAGCUGGGUCAGGGAAUGCGGCCCGGACAGCUGUUCCCAGGCGGUGGCCCUGGCGGAGGAUUUUCUACAGAGGCAGAAGGAGACAGAGAGAUGGGAACAGCAGAAGGUGAGGAGGUCUAAUCUAGGUGGAGGAACCUCAGGCACGGUGGGCCAAAUGCAUCCCCCAGCUCCCCUCAGGACACUUCCCAGGCUACACCCCUAACCAGCUCUGCUUCAGACCCUCAUUGAGUGUUUAUUGUCUGGCUGAGGUAACAAUUAAUAAUAAUAUAAUAAUUUAUUACUUAUACCCCACCCAUCUGGCCAGGUCUCCCCAGCCUCUCUGGGCGGCUCCCAACAGAAUAUUAAAAGCACAAUAAAACGCUAAAUAUUAAAAAGUUCCCUAAACAGGGCUGCCUUCAGAUGUCUUCUAAAAGUCAGGUAGUUUUUUAUUUCCUUGAUAUCUGAUGGGAGGGCAUUCCACAAGGCAGGUGCUACUACUGAGAAGGCCCUCUGUCUGGUUCCUUGUAACUUCACUUCUCGCAGAACCGCCAGAAGGCCCUCAGAGCUUGACCUCAGUGUCCGGGCUGAACGAUGGGGGAGGAGAUGCUCCUUCAGGUAUAGUCAUACCUUGGGUUGCGAACACUGCGUGUUGUGCAUUUUCGGGUUACGGACCGUGCCGAACCUGGAACGGGUUACUUCCGGGUUUUCGCGCUCACGCAUGCACAGAAGCGCUAAAUCGCUAAAUACUGGGCCUAGGCUGUUUAGUGCUUUAACGGUCAGCACCAACACUUUGGAUUGUGCCCGGAAACGCACUGGGAACCAAUGUAGGUCUUUCAGGACCGGUCUUAUAUGGUCCCGGGGGCUGCUCCCAGUCACCAGUCUUGCUGUCGCAUUCUGGAUUAGUUGUAGUUUCUGGGACCUUCAAAGGUAGCCUCAUGUAGAGCGCAUUGCAAUAGUCCAAGCGGGAGAUAAGCAGAACGUGCACCACUCUGGCGAGACAGUCUGCGGGCAGGGAGGGUCAGCCUGCGUACCAGAUAGAGCUGGUAGACAGCUGCCCUGGACACAGAAUUGACCUGCGCCUCCAUGGACAGCUGUGAGUCCAAAAUGACUCCUAGGCUGUGCUCCUGGUCCUUCAGGGGCACAGUUACCCCAUUCAGGACCAGGGAGUCCUCCACACCUGCCUGGCCCCUGUCCUACCAAAACAGUACCCCUGUCUUGUCAGGAUUCAACCUCAAUCUGUUAGCCGCCGUCCAUCCUCCAACCACCUCCAGACACUCACAGAGGACUUUCAUCGCCUUCACUGGUUCUGAUUUAAAGGAGAGGUAGAGCUGGCUAUCAUCUGCAUACUGAUGAACAUCCAGCCCAAAUAGGAUGCUGGACUUGAUGGGCAUUGGCCUGAUCCAGCGGGCUGUUCCUGUGUCCUUAUUUUCACUAAAGCAUUGCGAGUUAGGUCCAGCCAGGAAUUUGCAGGCCUCGGCCCAGUGCUGAGGCCCUUCUGUUGGCUCCCUCACUGCAAGAAGUGAGGUUACAGGGAACCAGGAAGAGGGCUUUCUCAGUAGUGGCACCCGCCCUGUGGAACGCCCUCCCAAAAGAUUUCAAGGAGAUAAACAACUACCUGACAUUUAGAAAACAUCUGAAGGCAGCCCUGUUCAGGAAAGUUUUUAAUGUGUGACAUUUUGAUGUAUUUUUAAUCUUUGUUGGAAGCCGCCCAGAGUGGCUGGGGGAAACCCAGCCAAAUGGGUGGGGUACAAAUAAUAAAUUAUUAUUAUUAUUAUUAUUAUUAUUAUUAGGCUAAAAUUGAUUCAUGUUUUUUGUUUCAGGAGCCUCUGCCAGGUGAGGAGGGUGCUGUUGGUUUCUUAGGAACAGAGCGAACCUCUGUGCUUCCAGCCCAGACACAGCCACGCAGAGAAGCAAAGGAGGAGAAUGACUGUAGUGACAGCCUGCUGGGUAAGCACAAAAUCACAGAAUUGUAGCAUCAGAAGGGAUUUCAAGGGGUCAUCUAGUCCAACCUGCUGCAGUACAGGAAUCACAUCUAAAGAACCUACCAGGGAUGAGCUGCUGAGCUCAUUAGACAUGGCACUAAUAAAGUUAACAGAAAUAAUAGAGGUAACAGAAAUCACUGGGUUAAAGCUGACCCAAAGUCCAGAGGUGGCAUUAUUAUCAAUUUACGAGGGGGUGGAAGGUUCGCAGGCCGUGAAGGACUUGCUCACAAUUUUUUUGACAGCUGCACGAAUUAUUGUAGCUAGGAAGUGGAAGGGGCAAGCAGAAUACAAAAUGGAAGAAUGGUAUAAAGAGGUGUGGGAUAUAGUUAUUAACGAUAAAUUAACAUGUGCCAUUAAGGUAAGAAGGGGAAUAUGCAGGAGAAAUGAUUUCGAGGAGAUACGGAAGGUGUUUGUAGAAUUUGUACUGUUAAAACGGAAAGGGGUCAAACCGUUGCAAGAGGAGUUGAAAUUUUGGGAGGUUGGAUAGUUACAGUGGAAUGGUCUUGGGGUGGGGUGCACAUUGUUAUUCUUACAUAUUUAUGAUUAUUACUUUGUCAAAAAACACAAACAAACAGUUAACUCCAACUUUGAGUGGUGUGAUUUACUGCCGACUCACUCUUUGACAGGUUUGCUGGCUUGAUCCCUCAGGCUAAUCUUCUUUCUCUUGAUUCCAACAGAUUACAGGCAAACGAACGAGCACAACGAUCUGCAGGCAAGGCCCAAGCCAGUGGAGUUGCAUCGGGCACCCCAAAGGAGGUCCGUUGAUUGCAGUCCCUGGGGUCCUGAGCAGGGGCAAACUUCCCCGAAGGAGCUCAGACCCAAAACCCCGCAGGGAAACCACGUCCGGAACAGAUUGGUGGUGUCCGUUUCCCCUGCGGCAAAUGGAAAAAUCUUCGUCGAAGGCCCGCCGCCCCAGACGCAGAAGAUGAGCGGGGAGGAUUUUGGACAGGACUCGGGUGAAAACGCUCCGGAGAGGCCUUACCACAGGUGCUCCACCUGCGGGAAAACCUUUGGCCAGAGCUCGCACCUUCUCUUCCACCAGAGGACCCACGACGUGGAGAAGCCAUACAAGUGCACCCAGUGCGGGAGCAGUUUCCACUCGCGCCAGGGCCUCAUCUACCACCAGCGGAGCCACGCGGGCGAGAAGCCCUACAAGUGCUCCUUUUGCGGGAAGACCUUCAGCCAGAGCUCCCACCUGCUGGUGCACUGCAGGAGCCACACGGGGGAGAAGCCCUUCAAGUGCUCCACCUGCGGGAAGUGCUUCAGCCGGAACUCGCUGCUGACCGUCCACGAGAGGACCCACACGGGGGAGAAACCCUACAAGUGCUCACAGUGUGGCAGUAGGUUCCACUCAGGAUCGGGGCUCAUCAACCACAAGAGGAUCCACGCCGGCGUGAAGCCCUACAAGUGCGCCGCGUGCGGGAGGGACUUCAUCCGCAAAGCGCACCUUGCCAGGCACCAGAGCGUACACGCUGAAGACAAGGCCAGCACCUGACCCUCCUGUUUUUCCCCCCGGGACGGGUGGCAAGCCAGUGAGAGCCAGUGUGGUGUAGUGGUUAAGAGCGGUGGACUUGUAAUCUGGUGAACCAGGUUCGCGUCCCCGCUCCUCCACAUGCAGCUGCUGGGUGACCUUGGGCUAGUCACACUUCUCUGAAGUCUCUCAGCCCCACUCACCUCACAGAGUGUUUGUUGUGGGGGAGGAAGGGAAAGGAGAAUGUUAGCCGCUUUGAGAGCCUAGGGCUUGCCGAUCAGAAGGUCGGCGGUUCAAAUCCCCGCGACGGGGUGAGCUCCCGUUGCUCGCUCCCUGCUUCUGCCAACCUAGCAGUUCGAAAGCACAUAAAAGUGCAAAUAGAUAAAUAGGUACCGCUCCGGCGGAAAGGUAAAUGGCAUUUCAGUGCACUGCUCUGGUUCGCCAGAAGCGGCUUAGUCAUGCUGGCCACAUGACCCGGAAGCUGUACGCCGGCUCCCUCGGCCAAUAAAGCGAGAUGAGCGCCGCAACCCCAGAGUCGGCCAUGACUGGACCUAAUGGUCUUGCGUCCCUUUACCUUUACCUUUAGGGUAGUGAUAAAGUGGGAUAUCAAAUCCAAACUCUUCUUCUUCUUCUUCUUUCGGGGGCUUUCUGUUUGGAAGAUGAGGAAACAUGGCAGAGGGAUGCUUUGCAGUUUUUGUCUUAGGAACAGGCAUCCUUUAAAUGGGUCUGGGGCCGAAAAUAAACUCCCUUUUUUGAACCGCUCUGUAGUGGGUAAGGGGGCAGAAUUUGUCGCCUCUUCUGGGAAGGAAAAAGCUUAAAACACGAUACGGUGUUUCCAAAAAACAGACCAGAGGCAAUUGUGCUUCAUCCAGCAGAGCUUUACUUGCUGCUGAAGGCAAAUGAGCAUAGUGGUCACAUUCAGGAUUGGCACAGUCCAUAGGAAUCCAGUUGCAGCGCUUACAGUAAAACUUGCAAACUUAUAAUAAGACUAAACCUUAACACCAGAGCAUACAGAAACAGAACACUAGAACAGAGAGAUAGAAGGUAAAACCCAGGAUCCUUCUGGCCUGUAUUUAUAAUCAGCAUGACCUGAACAGAAAGAGUUAAGAGAACCAGUUUUCCAAAAAUCCUUUGAAAACCGGGACACUUACUUCUGGGUUUCGAUUGUUUCGGAGCCGAUUUGUUCAGGAGCCAAGGCGUUUGAGAUCCAAGGUAUGACUGUAUUCAGAUUCAAAGCAGCUUACAGCUGUUUCUUGGUUCCCCUCCUAUUCUCCUUGCUCUGAAGGGUGUCCCAUUCCAAAAGCCAGAGGGAGAGGCCCAGCAAUCAAGAGACGGGUCUGGAGCCUUUAAGCUUCCACUGAGGAAACCUAAACUCAUUAUCCUGGACUAUUAGCUCGCAUCAGUUUUACAAAUAGGUGGUGUGUCCAGAGUCAAGAACACACCCACACACACCAUAGCUGUCAACGUUUCCCUUUUCUUGCGAGGAAUCCUAUUCGGAAUAAGGGAAUUUUCCUUAAAAAAAGGGAAACGUUGACAGCUCUCUCUCUCUCUCUCUCUCUCUCUCUCUCUCUCUCUCUCUCUCUCUCACACACACACACACACACGAGAGAUUUUCACAUAAAAAGACUCAGGUGGAUAUUGGUUGUGGGACAGGGAGGAGGGAAAGGGAAAGAAAGGAUAAAACAGCAGAGAAUAACGUAUAUGGGCAGAGAACUAAGAAUUACAUACUGUGAACUGCAUGCAUUUCCCCAUAAACAUUUCAAUAAAUACAUUUCUUUUGCAAAAAAGUGAUUAAAUGGUUUUUAAACUGUUGCUGUUAACUGGUUGGUUCUAUGUUUUGUUGGGGUAUCAUACAGUGUGGAAAGUUCUCAGGCAAUUCAGCCAUACCCAAACACUUACCAUGUUUUUAAGGGGCAGUGUGUGUACCUUUUGUAUAUAAGAACUUCAUAAGAGCCAUGCUAGAUCCAGCCCAUCUAGUCCAGCUUCCUUAUCUUGCAGUGUCUGACCAGGUGCCUGUGGGAAAUCCACAAGCAGGAUCUGACCACAAGAGGACACUUUCCCCCUCUUGUGGUUCCCAGCUAAUGGUAUUCAGAAGUAUACUGCCUCCGACAGAGGAAGUACAACAUAGCUAUUGCCAGCCUUCUCCUCUGUGGAUUUCAUAGAAUCAUAGAAUCAUAGAGUUGGAAGAGACCACAAGGGCCAUCGAGUCCAACCCCCUGCCAAGCAGGAAACACCAUCAGAGCACUCCUGACAUAUGGUUGUCAAGCCUCUGCUUAAAGACCUCCAAAGAAGGAGACUCCACCACACUCCUUGGCAGCAAAUUCCACUGUCGAACAGCUCUUACUGUCAGGAAGUUCUUCCUAAUGUUUAGGUGGAAUCUUCUUUCUUGUAGUUUGGAUCCAUUGCUCCGUGUCCGCUUCUCUGGAGCAGCAGAAAACAACCUUUCUCCCUCCUCUAUGUGACAUCCUUUUAUAUAUUUGAACAUGGCUAUCAUAUCACCCCUUAACCUCCUCUUCUCCAGGCUAAACAUGCCCAGCUCUCUUAGCCGUUCCUCAUAAGGCAUCGUUUCCAGGCCUUUGACCAUUUUGGUUGCCCUCCUCUGGACACGUUCCAGUUUGUCAGUGUCCUUCUUGAACUGUGGUGCCCAGAACUGGACACAGUACUCCAGGUGAGGUCUGACCAGAGCAGAAUACAGUGGCGCUAUUACUUCCCUUGAUCUAGAUGCUAUACUCCUAUUGAUGCAG